CCUCGUUUUUGUUGUUCGUCAUGUCUUAUAUCUAUUGCUCCCAUCUAGACUGUAUUGCCAACCCAUAUGUUGGCCUUAACAUGAAAAUACAAAAGCGAUUUCGAUGCAAUGAAAUAGCAGCUUUUUCCCCCGUGCUUGCGAUACAUGACAUUGUUAUUUCAAAGUGCGUUUUGAACAAGUCCAGACAACACGCCAGCGACAAGUCGGAGCCUCGUAGUCAAAUACAAUUUUCCAAUGGAGGAUAUUUCGAUGGUUCAUAAAGAGACGUUUGUCAAUCUCGGAUUUGACACGGAGCAGUCCGAUUUGCGAUCGAGCACGGGAGCCGGGCAUCGCAAUUCCACUUUGUCUUCAUUUAAAUCUCGGUCGGUGACUUAUUCUUGGGAAAACAUUGAAGUUUAUGCAGAAGAAAAACGAACGAACUGCUUCACUCGUUCGCCUCAAGUUCCAGAGAAAAUCCUCAAGAACGUUACUGGAUGCGUUGGGCCAGGCGAAUUUCUCGCCAUCAUGGGAGCAAGUGGAGCUGGAAAGACAACCCUCCUCGAUUGCCUGACCUUCCGGAACACGGGGAAACUGAAAAUCCUCGGUCAAAGGCAUCUCAAUGGCGAAGCAGUUAACAUUGAGACGUUAGCCCGACUUUCCGGAUACGUCCAGCAAAACGAUUUGUUUAUUCCGACCCUAACUGUCAAGGAACAUUUGAAAUUUCAGGCUCUGCUCCGCAUGGAUGAAAUCUUCAGUUAUGAUGAGCGGAUGGGGCGUGUUAAUGAAGCGAUUCAAGAGUUAGGAUUGACUAAAUGUAUGGACACCGUCAUCGGACAUGCAGACAUUUCCGGUGGCGAGAGGAAACGUCUGGCAUUUGCCUCGGAGACGCUCACUAAUCCUUCGUUGAUAUUCUGCGACGAACCUACGUCAGGAUUAGAUUCAUUCAUGGCUUACAACAUCAUUCAAGUGUUGAAAACGAUUGCGCUGACAGGGAAGACGGUGGUGUGCAGCAUCCAUCAACCUUCGUCCGACGUUUUUGAUCUCUUCGAUCGAAUCCUUCUGAUGGCAGAAGGAAGGACAGCUUUCUUCGGUCCCGUACCUGAUUGUUUGUCGUUUUUCUCCAGCCAGGGUUUGUCAUGCCCGUCUAAUUACAACCCGGCCGAUUUCUACAUUCGAACGUUGGCUACGAUGGCGGGCGACGAAGCCGAAUCCAAGAAGAAGAUCGCCGAGAUUUGCGAUGUGUACGAAUCUUCCGAAGCCAGUCGUCUCGUCUCGGCAACAGCCAAAGCCAAUUCGACCAAUUCAAAUCCGAAAAUUCAAGAGAGCGAUGGAAACAAAGUCAAUAAUUCUCCUUACAAAGUCUCCUGGUUUGCCCAGUUCAAGGCCGUCCUUUGGCGAUCUUUCAUCACCGUGAUCCGGGAGCCAACCGUUUUCAAAGUUAAAAUGAUUCAAACAAUCUUUAUUGCGGUUAUGGUUGCCCUCAUCUUUCAAGGACACGCCCUUCAAUUCGUGAGCAUUCGAAACAUACAAGGAGGCUUUCUGAUACUCGUAAGCAAUGCGACUUUCAUACACAUCUACGGAGUUGUGAGCGUGAUCACGAACGAAAUACCAACAUUUCUGCGUGAACAUCGCAUCGGGAUGUAUCGCACUGACGUCUAUUUCCUGAGUAAAACGCUGGCAGAUCUGCCCUCCGAUUUCCUACUCCCUUUUGUUUUCACUUUGAUUACCUAUCACGCUAUCGGGUUGAACGUGUUGGUCGCUAGGUUUUUUAUCGCGUGUGCAAUCAUGAUUCUCGUCACGAACGCGGUCACAUCCUUCGGCUAUUUCGUUUCCUGUUUAAUCAGUUCAACGGAGAAUGCGAUUAAUUCAGUCACUCCGCUUGUGACUCCAUUGAUGUACAUUGGUGGAUUCUAUAUUCAAAACAGCGCUGUUCCCGCUUAUCUGGACUGGAUGCGCUACCUGUCUUGGUUCAUGUACGGCAACGAAGCGCUUUCCAUUAACCAAUGGGUCGGUAUCCAAUUCAACGAUACCGCCUGUCCCGAUGGAGUUUGCAUUGGCGAGCAUAUCCUGAACGAUUACGACUAUAAUCCGGACUUUUAUUAUCGCGACAUCCUUGGUUUGUGCGCAUUGAUUGUGGGUUUUCGCGUUUUAGCUUUCUUCGCACUUUUGCGCAAAACGUAUGGGAAAGACUGAAUAUGUAGACUGUUCUUACCAAUCAUGUAGCCAAGUCUUGACAUCAUAUCUGUUUAGAUCACAAUCGAUUACGCAUGAAUACAAUUCAAAUUCUGCACUU